AUGGGUUCCGCUGCUUCAAAGCCCGCCAAGUCAGCGGCUGGCGCAGCCGCACGGCGCCAAUACCCCAAGCAGUCCGCCCCUCCACCGAGGCCGCGCAAAGCUCCGAAAGAAACCAAAGCAGCGUCCGCACCUACGCCUACUCCAUCCAAGCCCAAGGCCAACCCCUCGCCUCCUCGGGCACCUGCGCCUCCAUCUCAAGGUCCAACAUAUCACUCAAAGGAGAAAGCAUCCGGCGUGAAGUCUGAGGCCAUUGAUAUGGAUGGCCGAGACCCCGACUUCGCCGCCUCCCUCCGGUCAAUAGGCCCCGUCAACCCAUCACCUACAUUCUCAAACUCAAGCACCGUCAACCGCCCCGCCUCAAUGCAAACUGUCUUUCCACAAGCCUCCAACCCGGCGCUGCUAGUUGUUACUGCUCGACAACGUCUUACGGAGGCCGCGGACAGAGAAGCUGAGCACUUCGGUCGUGCGGGUCACCCGGGGAGAUCGUUCCUGGAUGCCCUGACUAUCCAACAGGUGUUGACUAUGCGGGAUAAGCAGGGUAUGCGUCGUGGAGACAUUGAACGGUUCCUUGGGCUGAAGAAGGGGAUCCUGGACCGGUUAGGAAAGGAUGAGGUUGUGUCGCGCAUUACAUGA